AGUGGUUGGCGAUAGUGGUGGGGGGUAGUCCGUGAGCCGGUGAGUGGGGGGAGGUGCUGCAGGGGAAGAGCCGUCGCCCAGUGAUCAUAGCGCCCGCCUGCCCCUGCCAUGUCGGACUUCGACAGUAAUCCCUUUGCUGACCCAGACCUCAACAACCCUUUCAAGGAUCCUUCUGUUACACAAGUGACAAAAAAUGUUCCUCCAGGGCUAGAUGAGUACAAUCCUUUCUCUGAUUCAAGAACACCUCCUCCAGGAAAUGUGAAAAUGCCUAAUGUACCCAGUACCCAGCCAGCAAUGAUGAAACCAGCAGAAGAACCACCUGCUUACACACAAAUUGCAAAGGAGCAUGCCUUGGCCCAGGCAGAACUGCUAAAGUGUCAAGAAGAACUGGAAAGAAAAGCAGCUGAACUAGAUCGCAGAGAAAGGGAAAUGCAGAGUCUCGAUCAGCCGGGGGGUAGAAAAAAUAACUGGCCACCUCUUCCUGAGAAUUUUCCAGUGGGUCCAUGUUUCUACCAGGACUUUUCUGUAGACAUUCCUGUAGAAUUCCAGAAGACAGUAAAGAUUAUGUACUAUUUGUGGAUGUUCCAUACAGUGACACUGUUUCUUAAUAUCUUCGGAUGUUUGGCCUGGUUUUACAUUGAUGCUACACGAGGGGUUGAUUUUGGAUUAAGUAUCCUCUGGUUCUUGCUUUUUACCCCUUGUUCUUUUGUCUGCUGGUACAGAUCACUUUAUGGAGCUUUCAGGAGUGACAGUUCAUUCAGGUUCUUUGUGUUCUUCUUUGUAUAUAUCUGUCAGUUUGCUGUACAUGUACUUCAAGCUGCAGGAUUUCAAAGAUGGGGAAACUGUGGGUGGAUUUCAUCUCUUACUGGUCUUAAUAAGAGUAUCCCUGUUGGCAUUAUGAUGAUAAUCAUAGCUGCACUUUUCACAGCAUCUGCUGUUAUUUCAUUAGUUAUGUUUAAAAAGGUGCAUGGUCUCUACCGCACAACUGGUGCUAGUUUUGAGAAAGCGCAGCAGGAGUUUGCAACAGGAGUGAUGUCCAACAAAACUGUACAAACUGCUGCAGCCAACACCGCAUCAACAGCAGCAACCAGUGCAGCUCAGAAUGCGUUCAAGGGUAACCGAAUGUAGAGAAAUAUAAAAAGUCAUGACAGUUCUCUUUGAUUGUACUUUAUUUUCCAGUCACUUAUUAUAUUCCCUGAAAACAUAGAUCAAAAUACACACAGCAUAUUUGUCUGUUCUGCAGCUGUGCAUGGGUAAAAUGGGAAAUGUUUGUUUUAUUUUGUCACAACCGGUGCUGGACAGACCUGGGAGGGACUGUGGUGAGUUCUGAAUUCCCUCGGGCUAAAUUAAGGUGAAAUGACACCAAACGAUUAGUUAAACAUUUUAUUCAUGGCAGAAGCAGCCUGAACUUGGAAGGCGUAACAGUAGGUGGCAUGGUUUCUCACAACAGGAAUUGGCAUGAAACCCCAUCAGUAAGCCGUGUAGCCCGUGGUAACCACAUAUAUAUCAAUUCAGGGAAUAAGGAGAGCCCUCCUGUUGAGUCACGAGGUUCAUAGUGGACCCCCUUGCUUUCUAGACUCCUUCUCAGAGAAGAGCCUAGGGGUGGCUAGAUCCACUCCUAGUCCCAGACUUGGUCAACGGUUUUAUGUCUAAAGGGAUGAGGUGUAGGGAUUGUGAAAAAGGAGAGAGAAAGAGAGACACAGAGAAAUAGGAAAAGAAAAGAGAAAGAUUUCCCCAGUCCUGGGUCCAGCAUUGGUCCAGUCAGUCUAAAGGUCCAGUUCCGGAGGGCGUGUGCAUGUGGGGCUUCAGUUUGUGUCCUUUUAUCAUCUCCUUGCCCCUCCUUCAGGUGGGCACUUGAACUCAUUAGGCUAAUUAGGUGUCACGAGCAGUUUGUGCUUUCAGAACCUUCAGGAAAUGGGUCAGUGGGCUGGGGGGUCGUUUGGGGAGUAACUUCUCCUUCCCUGCAGGCGUGACCAUUGUUUGAUCUUUGGCCAUACAUGGUGAGCUGCCCUGCUCAGCUUAUCAGAACAUGGAGCUGCGCACCCUCUGGUGGCAUGUCCUCUGCGCCCUGUAGCUGAUGUCCUGUGCUGAUCUGUGCUGAUCAGCUUCUCACCUGUAGUUCGUUGUUAUGCAGGGUUCGUUGUUAUGCAGAACUUGCCCCACCACAAUGUUUGAGACAUUAACUCUUUCAGUCCCUCACACCACCCCGUGGCUCAAACAUUGUCUAUUCAAUCUUCAUGGAUUCUCCAUAGUCCUCUUUUAGGCUGGUGAUUUAGACGUAAAGAAAGAGGAGAGUUAGAAAAGGAGAGAGAGAGAGAACAUAUACAAAGCUUUGAACGGUACAAAACUUCACUUCAAGAUCUUCGGCUGUCGUGAUUCAUACAUAGUGGACAGAAGAGAGAGAGAAGAGAGGGAAGAGAUGGCACGGGUAAUCAUACAAUGAACAAUUGCAAGGCCAAGCAUUAAGAACAAAAAUCCACAUAACAACAUGAGUCCAAUGCUAACAAGCCAUUUUCCCCACCCUGUGAGUCCCAAGGACGUUAGAAGAGAGGUCAGCAAUGAUCCUCCAUUAAACCGGUCUCUUGGUUGCAUCGCUUGGAAAAGUUCUUCAGUCUUGUCUGUAACUUCUCUCAUCUUCUUUCACGCUUCUUCUAAGGAGGUAGUUGCGUUGUGUAUGGUGAGACAGCAUUCUCCAUCGGUUAGAUUCAACAACCCACAUACCCCAUGUUCUUUUAACAACAUCAUCACAAGAUUCAAGGUUUCCUCCUCAGGGAAGAAGGUAAAUCUUUGAAUAGUCAGAGGGAGUUUUUUAGAGCCGUGAAAGGUCCCCUGGAAGUGUUGUUCCAGGAGCAAUUUGGUUUACCAGCUUUUUCACAAGAUUGGUGAUGUUUAGAUUAAUGAGGCCGAAUUGAAUUCCCUUGUAGAAACACCAUGAUUGGUGUCAUUCCAGAGGUGCAUGAAACCUUGAAUCAAAUUCCAAGCUAAAUCUGGAGAAUCUUUUCCCUGUCCUCCAGUGGAAAGGAUCAGGAUGAAGGAGAAGGUUCCCCAAAGCAUCUUUCCCUAUAAUAACAGACAAGAAUUACAAAUAACAAUAAACUGAUAAUACAAAUAACAAUUAAUAUAGUCAGGACUAACACAGGUCCCUUGCUGUCUUUCUCUGUUUCUCUUUGGUUCUACAAACUGCAAAUAUAAAGCAUACAUAGAUUAAAAUGAGGGUAUUAUCCAUCACGUGUGGAUUCGGUGGUCUUUUCCAUGUGCAUCGG